AUGCGCGCGAAUCUCUUGCCUCCCCGCGCGGCCUCCUCUCACCUCGUCGCGUGUCCUCCUCUCGCCUGCCCCACGCGUGCUUCUCUCGCCUCCCCGCGCGUGCUCCUCUCGCCUCCCCUCGCAUGCUCCUCGACCCCCCCCGCGCGUGCGGCUCUUGCCUCCCCGCGCAUCCUCCUCUCGCCUCACCUUGCGUGCUCCACUCGCCUCCCCGCGUGUGCUCCUCUCUCCUCAUCUUUCGGGGUGACCGCGCCACCGUGCGCGUGCGCCUCUCUCCAUGCCUUGCGUAAUCUAUCGCCUCCCCGCGCGUGCUCCUCUCUCCUCACGUUGCUUGCUUCUCUCGCCUUCCCAUGCGUGCUCCUCUCUCCUCACCCUACGUGCUCCUCUCGCCUCCCCGCGCGUGCUCCUCUCUCCUCACCUUGCGUGCUCUUCUCUCCUCACCUUGCGUCCUCCUCUCUCCUCACCUUGCGUCCUCCUCUCUCCUUACUUUGCGUGCUCCUCUCUCCUCACCUUGCGUGCUCCUCGCUUCUCACCUUGCGUCCUCCUCUAUCCUCACCUUGCGUGCUUCUCGCUUCUCACCUUGCGUCCUCCUCUAUCCUCACCUUGCGUGCUCCUCACACCUCACCUUGCGUGCUCUUCUCUCCUCACCUUGUGUCCUCCUCUCUCCUCACCUUGCGACUGCCUCUCUCCUCACCUUGCGUGCUCCUCUCUCCUCACCUUGCGUGCUCCUCUGGCCUCCCCGCGCGUGCCCCUCUCUUUUCACCUUGCGUCCUCCUCUCUCCUCACCUUGCGUGCUCCUCUCUCCUCCCCUUGCGUGCUCCACUCUCCUCACCCUGCGUCCUACUCUCUUCUCACCUUGCGUCCUUCUCUAUCCUCACCUUGCAUGCUCCUCACUUCUCACCUUGCGUGCUCUUCUCUCCUCACCUUGCGUGCCCCUCUCUCCUCACCUUGCGUCCUCCUCUCUCCUCACCUUGCGUGCUCCUCUCUCCUCAACAUGCGUGCUCCUCUCUCCUCCCCUUGCGUGCUCCUCUCUCCUCAGCUUGCGUGCUCCUCUCUCCUCGCCUUGCGUCCUCUCUCCUCCCCGCGUGUGCCUCUCUCUCCUCACCUUGCGUCCUCCUCUCUCCUCACCUUGCGUGCUCCUCUCUCCUCACCAUGCGUGUUCCUCUCUCCUCACCUUGCGUGCUCCUCUCUCCUCACCUCCCGUGCUCCACUCUGACAGGUGGGGUGCUCCUCUCUCCUCACCUCCCGGGUUUUGCUCUGACAGGUGGGGUGCUCCUCUCUCCUCCCCUCCCGUGCUCCACUCUGACAGGGCAGGGUGCUCCUCUCUCCUCACCUCCCGUGCUCCACUCUGACAGGGCAGGGGUGCUCCUCUCUCCUCACCUCCCGUGCUCCACUCUGACAGGGCAGGGUGCUCCUCUCUCCUCACCUCCCGUGCUCCACUCUGACAGGGCAGGGUGCUCCUCUCUCCUCACCUCCUGGCAGGGUGCUCCUCUCUCCUCACCUCCCUUGCUCCACUCUGACAGGUGGGGUGCUCCUCUCUCCUCACCUCCCGUGCUCCAUUCUGAUAGGUGGGGUGCUCCUCUCUCCUCACCUCCCGUGCUCCACUCUGACAGGUGGGGUGCUCCUCUCUCCUCACCUCCCUUGCUCCACUCUGACAGGUGGGGUGCUCCUCUCUCCACACCUCCCGUGCUCCACUCUGACAGGUUGGGUGCUUCCGGACCUGUUGUUUAG